AUGUGGAACCUACACUACUAUAUUCCUGGAUCAGCACCAGUCAACUUGAACGACAUGCCUAAUGACACCGCUACCACGGCUUCUGCCGGAACAUCAGCGACUUCACGGUUUCUUUGCGUGAGCGGAGUGGCGAAUUUCCGUGAACUGGGCGGUUACCCAUGCGAUACUGUCCCUCCUGCUCCUGCGUCAAACGGUUCACCGCACAAUGCAUCUGAAGCGACCCUCCAGGGUAGUCAUUCGUCUAUUCGGCCUGGAUUUAUCUUUCGAUCGGCUCAGCCGUCGCAGAUUAACCCGGCUGGUAUUGCCACAUUAGCACACGAGCUUAGCAUCCAGGUGAUUUUUGACUUUCGUUCGCAAACCGAAAUUCAGCUUGUCACUACUCAUUAUCCUGAUUCGCUACUUGAGAUACCUUGCACGACUCGCUAUUCCGUGCCGGUCUUCAAUGAGGGCGACUAUUCCCCAGCGUCGUUAGUCAAGAAGUACGGGGUAUCCCCCGAUCCUGUAACACAUUCCGCUUCCUCCACGAGUGCCAAUCCUGCAGGAUUUGUCCCCGCGUAUGAAGCCAUCGCACGAAGCGCAGCAGAAAACGGCAGUUUCCGUAAAAUAACAGAGCACAUAAUACAGCAUCCGGACCAGCCGAUCCUGUUUCAUUGUACUCUGGGAAAGGACCGGACCGGAGUUUUUGCAGCAUUGCUAUUGAGCCUUUGCGGUGUUUCGACUGAGAAGAUAGUUGAAGACUAUGCUAUGACUACCGAGGGUUUCGGAGCCUGGCGGGAACAUCUAAUUAAACGCCUGCUGCAAAGGAAAGAUGCAGCAACACGCCAGGAUGCGGAAUUCAUUAUCGCCAGCCACCCGGAGACUAUGAAGUCUUUCCUAGACGAUGUCGUGCGAGCUAAGUUCGGAAGUGCUCGAAAUUACUUUGUCCAGCAGUGUGGAUUGACAGAAUAUGAGGUUGAUAAGUUAAUCCAUACACUCGUGAUUAUAAAAUGA